AUGGAGACAUCAACUCAGCAUGUAUUAAAUUGUUCGUUUUCGUCUUGGUAUCCUAAAUUUCGCAGAUUAACUAUUACCAGCCGAGUUGUUCCUUUGCCUAUUGAAUUUAUUAAUUACCUCAAUGCAGACGGUGUGGUUUUGCCUCAAGCCUGCCCACAACCAUCAACACGCUAUACCUGCGGAGACGAAUCUGAUUCUGACUUGAGCGAUGAGUGGAAUAAUGCAAGUGAUGAUGAAGAUACUACAGCGCCUAUCCCUACUUUUCCCAAACUGGAAGAAGAUGUUAAUCAACACAUCCGAGAACUCGGCGGUUAUGUAUUUCCGAAACUUAAUUGGAGUUCACCUCAGGACGCCGCUUGGAUUUCACAUAACGGUACACUUCAAUGUUCAACAUUUCAAGACAUAACAUUGUUGUUAAAGAGUUCUGAUCGUGUUGGCCACGAUCUUACGAAACCUCAUCUUAGUUUUGAGGGUUGCCAAAAUCCUGCUGGAGAUUUUUCUGGCUAUGAGAAUUCGAUCACUUUGGUCGACUUUAAUCCAUUCAACACUUUAACUGAUACAGCAUUAUUUGAAUGGAGUGAAUUAACUAGCGGCCAACCAUUAGCAGGCCACAGGGUUAAAUGUCCGAUUGAUGAUCAAGAAUCUCGUAUCCAGAUCGUUAUAUUUAGAUGCAUUGAAGGUUCUCAUGGGAUUGCUUCAAAUCCAUAUCUAAGAUCUAAAGUACCUCUGGACAUCGCGGAGGCAAAUUCCAACGUUAAUGCUAGUCAACUCGUGGAGUAUCUGAAGCUGAUGUCGAAGAAGAUGGAAAAUGAUGAAAUUUGA